GCGGUCGGCGUCGUCGUCGCCGUCCUCGGCCUCCGAGUUUUCCCCGUCGUCGCUAGUCACGCCACGAUCCUCGACGGGAGACCAUCCACCUUCUCGCGUCGCACCCUCGCACCCCCAACCCCCGACUCCCUCGGAUCUCCGCGAGUGACAUCCACUUCGGCCUCCAGGUGAAUAUACCCUUUCCCCGUGAAACAAGUUUUCUACGUGAGGUUAUUCGUCAGUGGUGUCGUUACAGUAUAGCCUUUGGUUCGGGUGCUACAGCCGGAGGUGGUGCCUUUAUGCCGACCGAAAACAACAAGUGGACGGCAAGAAGAGGACAAGACAGGAGGAGGUAGGCGGGAAUGGAGACGGCGAGAGCGUCGCUUGGAUGAGGAGGAGCGACGCCUUGAUUGACGCCGCCGUCGGCACCACUCGAGGAGACGGUGGUCACGGCCGUCAAGGUUCCAGCCGAGUAAGGCUCCCGACCUAAUAAAAUGCCUUAUCUUCAACGCCGUUAUCACGCGCCUCUCAAGAAGCGUGCAGUUCGGACAAGCUUUUAAUUAGAACCCCGAAAAAAUCAAUACAUAUUCAAUCACCCCCUCUCCGAACAAAUGGCGUAACGAUGAUAGCAAAUCUUUGAGCCUGGCAUGGCUGAGCUACAGAAUUUCAUCUACCAUGUGUUUUAAAUAUUGACGCCCCGAAACUCAGCCGCCGGUCGCUCAGGCCUCUCGUUUUAGUCCCGAAAAAUAUCGAAUAAUGUAACUCCCACGUCAAUUAUCGCUCUCUCACCUGCGUGCGUGACUUUCGCCGAGACAAUGGAUAGUAAACUUUUUAAAUUAUACGCGAUCACAAGUGCAAUUUUCACUCUUUACUUGAAAAAGAGGAAGAACAUUAUUUCGAAUUGAUUGGCUGCCUUCGCGAGUUCUUCUCCCCGUUCUAGUUUUAAUCAACCCCCCGCUCGCGACCCUCCCCUAGUUGUUAAUUUAGUCUUUACGAAGCGUUGACCAUGUGUACAAUUUCCUCGAUGGACUUUUGAUGGCUUUGCGAGAAAAUGGGCGUCCCUCCAAGAAACGGAAGCCUUCGCUGGAGGAAGAAUGACCCGAUGUCGGAUCCUCGUUGCUAUGACAACUGCCGGGCUUUUCCUUCAAUCGGAAAUCCAUCAAAACGCCGGGCGCUGCUCUGUUAUGAGUGAUUCCCGAAAGAACUUCUUCACAUGGAUCGUAUCACUAAUCUUCUGUUGCUGGAAACCAGCUCAAAGAAACUACUCUCGUCAUUCAAAUGAGAAUUGCGAGAAGUUCAACCCCAGCUUGGAGAUGGGACCACUGACGCUGCGCGAUUAUGUGAGGACGUUGGAGCCUUACGACCCACAGCGCCACGGGUGGCGGGGCAACGAACCCCGACCCGUGAGCCGCGAAAUUGUGAUCAAGAAUUUUGAUAAUUCCUCAGAGACGUUGCUCUCUAGUUCUCCUUUUAAGACUGCCUUACCUCCUACACAUCAUAUUAAUACUAGUUCUACUAAUAAUCAUAUCAUCUCUUCACCCUUAGCAGAAGCUGACAGUUAUGGAUCUGACGUGAGACAGCGGUAUCGAGGGUUGGUGUGCGACAAGUUCGACGACGACGGCAUAGUAAAAUUUGAAGACCUUUGGCUGUAUCUGUCCAGGUGAUGGAUGUCUUCAGGAGACGCAAAUCGUGACUGCGCUCCUUCCCUGUUACCACCCUCUUGCCUUCACAUUUAGCCUUACCUUUACCUUUACCUCAACCUCGGAAACCAUCAGCGUACUCCGUGCUGGAUCAAUCGUCGCUGAUUUCAGCUAUGAAUCGAGCCUUGUCUCUGCUCAUUCGUAGGAGGUACAUCUUACUAUGCCACGAUCCUCCCCUGUGGGCUGAUUGUUGAAAUCGAUAGACAAAGUGAUAGACAAAGAGGUCAUAAUGAGUGUGGAGUCAUGCUACUGGUUAAUUUGGGUGGUUCUUACAGACUAAGGGAGAAAGUAAUGGACGAACUAAAGGGUUUCUCGUGAAUUGCCGUCUUUUAUCUACCUCCUUUAUCCAUUGCAAUCACUCGCUUCCACCAAUAGAAUCCCCUCCCCCCAUCCCGUUUGUCUUUCUCCGUUUAUAGCUUUGUCCAUCAAUUUCAACAAUCAGCCCGCUGAUGUGGGCUGUUUAUUAAAAUUGAUAGACAAAGCCAGACAAAGAGGACAAAGAGGAAAUGAGCUGUCCUCAUGGUGGAAAGCGGGUGGUUGCAAUGGAUAAAUCGUCGUUCCUUUGACGUAAGGGCGUCUCUCUAUUUUCACAUGAGCCCUAGAAAGCAUGGAGGUAUACGGAGCACAGGGGUCACGUGCAAACCGAGAUACGCACUAACGUCAGAGGAGCGAAGAAAUGAGGCAACUAAAAACUGACCAAAGGCAACCUCUUAGAGAGGGGCAACCGAGAGACCUUCCCUACAGUUAGACCGUCUCUUUCCCUCUUAGUCUUGAGACAACCACCCGUUUCAACCAAUAGCAUUGCUUCAUUUUUCUUAGGUGUUCUUUGUCUAUAGCUUUGUCUAUCAAUUAAAGUAAUUAGCCCGCUGAAACAGCACGAUAACCUGACAUUAGACUGCCAUUGAUGAUCUUACUUAUGUAAAUUUAGCCGUCGCACAGUGGGUCGCAAGUCUAUGGAAGAGGUCCGACCAGAACAUUGAAACUUUAAAGAUGUUUAUCGCUCUUAUUUAAUAUGAAACGGAGAGGUUUAAAAGUGUUUCUAUUGUUUUUUUGU